AUGGUGCAUCAGCAGCGUCCCGUGCCUACGGUGGCGCCCAUGUCUCUUCCGCCACAGAUGCAACGGCCCAUGCCGCAAAUAGCAGCUUCAUUCCCACCACAACCACCUCACCCUCCCAGACAUGUCAUACCAUCCCACUUCCAGCGUCCCGUCGUUGUCUCCGACAUUCGGGCCGAGGGCGUGACUGAAGGCGAUAUCCGGGAAGACCUGUCGGAUUAUGUCAUCCUGAGGUUCGAGAAAAUUGAGCCGUAUGACGAGUAUGACUCCGAGGGCGAAGAAGUGAAGGCGAGCUGGGAUAAUUGCAUCAGGAGACGCAUUGCAGGUGUCGACAAGGUGGACGCUCGGAAGGAAGUCCGGCGGUUGAACAAGGAGGACGGUAAGAAAGGGAGGACCCUCUUGGAGAAGCAGAAUGACCUGGGACCAAAGCAACAAGACCAACUUGCAAAAGCGCAACGCGAGCUCUCGCUUGAGGAAUACGAUCCACGCUUCCACACCGUGCUCGCGCAGAUUGACUACACGCUUAAACCCGUCAUGCAAAAGCGCGAGAAGGUCUAUACGCGAAGGUCCAACACGAAGAGGAAGAUCCAACAGAAGAGGAGGUACGAGCGUACUUCCAUCACGGCCUACUUCAAACGCUGUCCCAAGCCAACUCAGAUACCGAGCGAGCUGGCUCGGUCCGUUGGCAUUGAGAAGCAGCGGGAAUCCGAAGCGAUGCAGAUAAGGCACCACCAGGCGCCGGAGCAGCACAUGGUCCCCCACCCCCGCCCUCAGCUUGUGCAACAGCCCCAGCCAGGACCAAUGUACCACCCACAGGCUGCUCCUAUGCGCAGCCCGGGACCAAUGCAGGGACAAGUGCACCGUGCCCAAGGCAUGCCGAUGCAUCAGUCUCACCCUGUACAAGGACUUGGUCGACCCCAUACACCAAUCCGGGUCGAGGUGGACCAUCGAAAGGACAGGAACCAUCGGAGUCGCCAUUCCAGAAGCUCUGACAGCUCGGAGUGUUCCGACUACGGGUCGGGUUCCGAACUUGGUUCCGAGUCCACAUUAGUUACCGAGCCCUCGCAUUCAUCAGACUCGCACAAGGGCAGGAAACACCAUGACCAGAAGAGGCGAUCCUUGAGGUACCUUGAAGAGCCCAGGAAUUUCGGGGUCGACGUCUACCGCCCUGGCCGUCGCCACAGUCUCGUCGAGGAGCCAUCAUAUAUCGUCACUGGAAGUGGAGCUCGUGUACCCAUCAUCCAGGUGCCAGUACCCCCAAGAAAGGCUGCAAUCCCGGUCGAGAGUCUUGAUCAAAUCCAGGCCGAAGCCUACCAUGCUGGGAGAUCGGAUCAGAAAGCUGCCUUCCGGCACACCCUGGGUGAUGCCGAGAGCCUCGACUUUGCUGCCAGGAGAUACAAGCCUCGAUACGCGCCCCGGCCGGAGAUCAUCAACGAGGGAUUAUCUCCAACACGGAUCCGGCAUGUCACCUCAAGCGAGGUCGGUCGACAGCUUGAAGACAACUUCCAGCGCCUGAGAAUCGACCGCGACUCGCGUUAUCAUGACGAUCUUAGUGACUCCAUCCAUCUUUGA